UGCAUAUAUCUCUCAAACACAAGUAUAUAAAAAUGAAAGGUUCUUCUUUUGCUGCUAAUGUCCACAAUAUUUCCUUUUCUCCUUCUUUGAUUAGUUCUAACCAUCAUGAUUUGAAACCAUUGUUGGGAAAAGGGAAAGUUUCUUGGCCAAAAAGUGUGGGUUGUGUUGUUAAGCAACAAAAGGGUAAAAGUGGGAUUGUAGUGGAAUGUGGUAGUUGUUGGGGUAUGGUAAGAGAGAUGGAGAGAGAGCUUGAAGGUGAGAUAGAUGAAGAAAAGGGUAAGGGUAAAAGUGGAAUGACAAGGUUUAGAGAAAAGUGUGGGGAAAGGAAAGGAGCUGUGGAGUUGUUGGAGUGUUUGGAAAAGGAAGCAAUAAUGGGUGAUGAUGUUGGGAAAGAAGCUAAUGAUUAUAAUAGAAGGGCUAAGAUAUUUGAUAGAAGCUCUAGAGUGUUCCAAGCUCUCAAGGAAUUCAAUGAUCAUGCUUGAAUGAAAUGGCUUUUUUUGACUCAUUUCAAAUUUUUAUUACUUUGAAAUAAACAUACAGUGACAACAAUUUGUAUCUUUUGUUUAGCUAAAUAACUUCUAAUAUGUUGAUCAGCAUUAGGAGGUGACUCAUCUGUGGACUAUGAUGUAGAAUUAGAUUGUUGUGUUUUGGUUUUUAUUAUUUAUUUCUGUUGUCUGUAAUAGUUUUAUGUUUAUGUGAUUAGUGUUACAUUGGAUACCAAUAACUAUGAAAUGGAUACUGUGCUUCUUAGAACUA